AUGCCCCACCGCGUAGCAAACUUUCUGCGGAAUUCCACUGAGAACUUCAGUGUUUCUGCCAUUGCCAACCUCAAGACUAAGACCAAGCAACACCAACAACAACACCAACCCCGUCACAACAACAACAACGUCCAGGACGAAGGCUUGUUGCGCAGGUUGCCCCUCGACCGCCACUCCUCCUACUCCUCCGAUGACGGCGAGCACAUCCCGUACCACAACAUGUUCGCAGCAGAGCCCGCAGACCACCUCAAGGAGAAGAAGCACCACCACCACCGCCUCUCUCUGCCUUUUGGCCGCUCCAACAAGGACCCCCACGACAACUCCCACGCAGGCCUCGACCUGAAGAUUGAGAGUCCGCCCAUUGUCUUCUUUGGCGAUGCCGAGUCCUCCACCGGCGCCCUCGUCUCGGGCCAGAUGCAGCUCGAGGUCAAGGACGAGCAGCUGCAGCUCGAGGCCUUUGGCGCCAAGCUCAACAUCCACGUCCAGCAGAAGCGCCCCUUCACCAACCACUGCGGCGAGUGCACCAACCAGUACACCGAGCUGAAGCGCUGGACGUUCCUCACGCACCCCACGACGCUCAAGAAGGGCGUCCACCAGUUCCCCUUCUCCAUCCUCCUCGAGGGCCACCUCCCCGCCUCCAUGGACACCCCCAUCACCUCCAUCGCCUACGAGUUCAAGGCCGAGGCCACCCUCGUCAAGGGCACGCCCGGCUCCCAGACGCCCAUCAAGUUUGAGCACAACUUUGACGUCAAGCGCUCCCUCCCCCAGCCCGAGUUCCCGCACCACUCCGUCCGCGUCUUCCCCCCGACCAACAUCAAGGCCAGCGCCCACUACAACCAGGUCAUCCACCCGGCCGGCACCCACAACGUCUCGUUCCGCCUCGACGGCCUCACCAGCGCAAACGCCACCAACAAGACGGUCGAGUACUGGAAGCUGAAAAAGGUGACGUGGAAGCUCGAGGAGACCAUCAAGACCGUGGCCCCCGCCUGCGACAAGCACGCCCCGAUCCCCCUCAACGGCGCCACCCAGCAGCAGCAGCCUCCGCAAAAGGGCGUGGCCCGCACCGAGACCCGCGUCCUCGGCGAAAAGUACAUGCACGACGGGUGGAAGUCGGACUACACCAGCACCGACGGCCACGUCGACUUUGAGUUUGACUACGGCGUCGUCGCCAGCAAGCACAGCCACGGCCCGCGCUACGCCUGCGACAUGAAGUCGAGCGACGGCACCGAGGUCUCGCACGCCCUCAUGAUUGAAAUGGUCGUCUCCAAGGAGUGGGCGCCCGUCGGCAAGCCCCACCUCGCGACGCAGACGGGCACCGGCCGCAUCUUGAGGAUGCACUACCACGUCAUGCUCACCGAGUGCCCCGGCCUCGGCGUCAGCUGGGACAAUGAGGCGCCGCCCGUCUACCAGGACGUGCCCCCGUCGCCGCCCGCGUACCCCGACGAGGCGGCGCCCGUCGACUACGUGAGCCUGGAGCACCUCGAUGGCCAGGCGCACAAUGGGUUGGCGCAUAGCCGGGAGGGAUCCGUUACUGGUGGCUCUACCACGUCAUGA